ACGUGUCAGUCUGUGAACAAUAAAAUGGAAAUAAUGGGUGACACUACCUCGAAAACAACUUCUGAUUCGGAGUAUGACUAUAUAUGUUCUCCUUGCAAUGACGAAGGACUAAACAAAGAGGCCCAAUAUUUUUGCGGAGAAUGUGCCCAGUUUUACUGCAACGAAUGUGAACAAUUGCACAAGAAAAUACGCAAAAGACACGCCGUUUUGGGUCGCGAAGACAUUGGGCAAUGGUUGCAAGCCCCUAUUCAAAGUUUAGUUGAAGAUUUAGAACGCUGCGAAACGCACCAAAACAAGGCACUAGAGUUGUACUGUGGCGGCCAUGAUAAACUGUGCUGUCAUCUAUGUGUUGCUAAUAACCACAGCAACUGUUUGGUCGUCAAACAUAUCCCAGUAUUAGCUAGAGGAUUCCGCGAAACUGAGGAGUUUAAAAAAUUGCCGGACGAGGUUGAAGAACUAAGGAACCAGCUCCAGGAAUUCAAAGAGUCAAGAGAGAAGAGUAAAGAGAACAUUGAAACGUCUCGAGAUAACGUACUUGAAAAUAUCAAAGCAUUCCGUGAAAAGAUGAAUGGACUUCUGGAUGUUAUUGAAAAAAAUACGAUAAAAGAAAUGAAAAUAGUAAUGGCACCGUUAGUUGAAAGUCUUACAAACGAUGUUGACAAGUGUGAAGAUAUGCGUGAUCGUCUAAAACGUUUAAUAGACGAUAUUAAAACUAAGACCACUACAAGUGAAUCUCUUUCGUACGUUGGAUUCACAAAAUGUAAGAGCUUGAUGUCCGAGGCGAAUUCCGUAUGCAAGGAAAUGAUAACAACCAAGGACUAUGAAUUAGUAUUUCAACCAGGGACCAACGUAGAAACUACCGUUUCCUCAAUUGACAUUUUUGGGGAUAUAUUUGAUGCAAAUCAUAUUUUUACUGUACAGUCGCAAAAGUCCAUUACAACCAACAAAUCUAACCAAUGGUGCGCAAUAACAGGUGUUUGUGAAAUGCCAAACGGGAAUAUUGUCCUUUGUAAGAGAGAGCCAAAAUGCGAAGUGAUAUUGCUAGAUCAAUACUUUAAUGAAACGACACGUCUCGAAGUUCCAAAUUAUACUGAUGGCAUUUGCGCCAUUGACGAAAUGGAAUUGGCAGUCGCUAUAAACAUGCCCCGUUAUAAAAGUGAAAGUUUACGUUUAAUCCAAGUAGCUGGAGGAAAACUUAAAGUGACUAAACAACUAAAGUUAGCUCACUGUUGCCUCAGUGUCGCUCACCAUGAUAGCCAGCUUUACGUCACUUCUGAAGCGGCUCUCUAUCAAUACACCAAGUCGGGUAAAUUGGUCAAACAGUUGUACGAAGACAAAACUGUGAAUGCAAAUGGCAAAACCAGCAACGUUUUAAAAUGUGCUGUUAACCAUGACGGAAGCAAAAUGUUCAUUCUUAAUAAAAAGGCUAACCAGAUCCUUACAAUCGACCGAGACGGCAAUAUUUUAUCAGAGAUUAAAGAUGCAGAGAUAAGCGAACCAUGUGGAAUAUGUGUGUCAUCAUUUGGUUAUGUGUUUGUCGCCUGCUCAAACUACGUGUGGCAAAUGGACAGGAUUGGAGAAAAGAAACUGACCAAGAUAGCCAAGAUUUCGCUGUAUUGCAAGGUGACGUCGCUGUGCCACGUAAAGAACACAAACAGUCUGAUAAUGAGUCCAUACGAUUUUUUCCAUGAGGGAAUACAUAUACUUAAAUUGAAUUGAACAUAAUAUUGUUACACACAAAAUGUUUUUACAUAACAGACGCAGCAAUGUGUAGCAUUUGGUUAGACACAACAGUUGAUGUGUAGUAUUUUUAACGUCCUGGUAUGUCGUUUUCCGUGUAACAAAACCUGUGAAGGAACAAGAUCAGCACCUUGUUAAGCCUUGUUAAGCUAUGAUGACGGUGUACACGUUGCGGUGAAUAUAUUACCUUCAAGUUGGCCACUAUGUUUUGGCGCGUGAAAGACCCAGUUGAUUUUUAUUAUAAACCAGCAGAAUCUCAAAUCGUAUUUUGUUUACAACCUGCAUUGAAUACCAUUUCCGGUGAUUUGAAUAAAACUAUAAGCUUU